GCGCGACAGAGGGGAGGAGUCGAUAGACUGCGCUUACUCACUCGAGUUAAAAAGUUAUAUUUGGACCAAGAACGCGGGAGUAACUCGGGGUUUGUGAGGUAUACAUCUCCAAACAGGAAUAAAGGACUGCGGUAAAGGUAGUAAUCGUACCAUGUUUAAGCCAGUGAUGAAGAAAGGUAGAGAGGGAGGAGGGAGAAUCAGCAGAAGGGAUGCAGGAAGUCAAUCUCUUAGUCCAAGUUACCAUCACAGUUUUAAGGAGGAGAGGAUUGUGGUCCUUCAGAAUCACAGCAGUGGUCUCCUCCCGGUGCAGCCGUACCCUGCAGAGCAGGUGCUGAGGCCGAGUUUGACCAGAGGAGUGUCUGUAUCUCUCCCCUCGUCCCCACUGCUCCCUCCUCGCCAGCCCUAUGUUUCGCCUGUACGACACAAGUCCCCAGGUUCAAUAAAGACACCUAAACAUGUGGACAGUCCUCGUGUUCCUGGAGAUCCUGUCACUUGUGCUCUGAAGAACAGAAAGAGGAACAAUACUGAGCUCCUCUCGCCGGCUGAGUCUGGCUCCUCCCCGGCUGUCCAGGAGCUCAUGACCCGGUUGGGCUUCCUGCUGGGAGACGCCAUCCCCACCUCAUCGCAAAAAAGCAUGGAUGAGAAACAGUGUAUAGUGUCUAGUCAGGGCGUGAGUCCCUGCUCCACUCUGACCAACAGUACGGCGUCUCCCAGCGCUGAGAGCCCAUGCUCCACUUUACCUGAGAGCUCAUCCAGGACUCCUGUCACCUCCACCGUCAUCACCACACCCAGCUCCACCCUGGAGAGCAAGGACAGUGGAAUCAUAGCAACUGUCACCAGUUCCAGUGAGAACGAGGAGCGCUGCGGCUCUAGUUUGGAGUGGGCGAAAGAUGGAGGUGCAGGUUUAAGGGGCGAGAGUGGGCGUGGCCAUCAACCGCCCUGCACUCCCAUCACUCAGGAGAAGCCGGCGGUGUCUAGCGAUGCCCAGCCGAGAACCAGUGCAACGGGGGGUUCGGCGCCUGUUGUGACAUCACCUGCCGAUGGACCAGUCACGUAUCACAGCACUUCUUUGGUUAUGCCACGCCCAAAUUCAGUGGCAGCUACCAGCAGCACUAAACUAGAGGAGCUACGAUAUCUGGAUGAACAGAGAAAUGCUCCCCAGCGUUCCUCUAUGCGUUUGGCCUGGCAUGGAGCUCACACAGGGGGGCGCAGUCAAGAGAAUAAAGCUCGUCUCACACCCUACAAACCGGUGGACAUUAUGCUCAAACCUCUGCUUUUCGAGGUCCCCAGCGUCUCUAUGGACACAGUGUUUGUGGGUCGUGACUGGCUGUUCCAGCGGCUGGAAGAGGUGCUGACGGGGGGAGGAGAGGUCGGUGAGGGGAGAGGAGCCGUCAUCGUGGGCAGUGUCGGUUUCGGAAAGACAGCUGUGAUCUCACGUCUCGUAGCUCUCAGCUGUCACGGUGGACGUAUGAGACAGAUCGCGUCUAACAGUCCAGAAGCAACACCACAAAGUCGAGCAGCUGAUGCUUAUCAAACCAAUCAGCUGAACCCACCCUCGCAGAGUCCCCUCCGAAGCAACAGUUGCCCCCCUACACCUGACACAAACCGGCACAGAGAGGGCGCAGUUAAACGCCUGGCUAGCAAGGUGGUGGCAUACCACUAUUGCCAAGCUGAUAACACGUACACAUGUCUGGUCCCGGAGUUUGUGCACAGCGUGUCGGCCCUGCUGUGCCGAGCUCCUCGCCUCGGUGCUUACCGAGAGCUCCUACUCCGAGAGACGCACCUACAGGGGUUGCUCAGCUUACGCUCCUGCGUCCAGGACCCUGUCGCCGCCUUCCGUAAAGGAGUGCUGGAGCCCCUCACGCUCUUACGCAAGGAGAGAAAGAUUCCAGAGGAGGAUUACAUCAUUCUGGUGGAUGGUCUGAACGAAGCCGAGUUCCACAAGCCAGACUAUGGAGACACCAUUGCCUCCUUUAUCACCAAAAUCAUCUCCAAGUUUCCUGUUUGGCUCAAAGUGAUUGUAACUGUCAGGAUUAACCUGGUGGAUGUAACCAGUCUCCUCCCCUUUCCCAUCAUCUCCCUGGAUGACUUCCAUGACAACAAGGAUAUAACUUCUGACCUCACCUCUUACAUCCAGCACCGUAUAGACCACAGCCCUGACAUCAUAGACAACAUUGCCAUUAAUGGCAAGCCUGACCCGGCUAACAUCUCCAAGCUCAGCGCCCAUUUGGUUGGCCUCAGUCUGGGCUCAUAUCUGUACCUAAAAUUAACUCUUGACCUGUUCGAGAAGGGUCACCUGGUCAUUAAAAGCUCCAGCUAUAAGGUGAUACCGGUGUCUCUGUCCGAGCUCUACCUGCUUCAGUGCAACAUGAAGUUCCCAUCGUCCUCUGCGUUCGAACGAGUCCUGCCCAUGUUGAAUGUGGCCCUGGCAUCAUUGCACCCUCUGACAGACGAGCAACUCUUUCGAGCACUCAACGCCGGCUCUGUGAAAGGAGAACUGGACUGGGAGGAUUUCCAGCAGCACAUGGACGCCCUUUCUAGCUUUUUGAUUUGCAGAAGGGACAGAACGCGCAUGUUCUGCCACCCAUCGUUUAGAGAGUGGCUGGUGUGGAGGGCAGAUGGCGAGAGCACUGACUUUCUGUGUGACCCUAGAAGCGGACACGCUCUGAUGGCCUUCAUGCUUUCACGUCAAGUUGGAAAACUCAACCGCCAACAAACCAUGGAGCUGGGCCACCACAUUCUUAAAGCACACAUAUUCAAGGGUCACAGUAAGAGAACAGGGGUAUCCUCCAGUAUUUUGCAACCCUUGUGGAUCAGCUACAGUACAGACAGUCUCUCAGCGGCUCUAUCCUCCCUCAGAAACCUAUACACACCCAAUGUCAAGGUGUCCCGGUUGCUGAUUUUGGGAGGGGCGAGUGUGUCUUACCGUACAGAGGUGCUGAACAGUUCACCAAUACUGUGUGUGCAGUCUCACUUGGGUCACCUGGAGAUGGCCGCUUUGCUGCUGGAGUGUGGCGCUCCAGUAGAUGGGCAGUCAGAGAACGGCAUGACUUCCCUCUGCUACGCAUCCGCCUCGGGACAUCAGCCUCUUGUCACCUUACUUUGCAGGAAAGGGGCAAAGGUGGAUCAUGCUGAUAAAAGCGGUCAGUGCGCACUGGUUCAUGCUGCUCUCCGAGGUCAUGCUGAGAUUGUGCAGUAUCUUCUGGAGCAGGAUUGGAGCUUAGAGCUGAAAAACAAAGCACUGCAGCAGGCACUGAUAGCUGCCUCCAGUAUGGGACACACACAGGUUGUUAAAAGGAUGCUGACAUUAAAUAAUGAUGAGUUCUCAGUGCAGAUUGAUGGUCAUGACACUUUGUGGGGAGAAACAGCUCUAACUGCUGCUGCAGGGCGGGGCAAAUUAGAGGGGUGUGUCUUCUUGCUGGAACAGGGAGCCAAUGUAGCCCAGCCUAACCGCAGAGGCGUGGCACCCAUCUUUAAUGCAGUCAGACACGGACACGCACAGAUAGCGGAGUUGUUUCUGCAGCGUGGUGCUGAUGUGAACUGUAGCGAUAAACAUGGACGUUCUCUACUGAUGGUGGCUGCUAGCGAGGGACACUUAGAAACCGUGGACUUCCUGCUAGCACAGGGCGCAUGUCUGACAGCGGCAGAUAAGGAAGGUCUGACUCCGCUGGGAUGGGCUUGUUUGAAAGGCCAGAAGAAAGUCGUGGAGUUUCUGGUGGAGAAAGGAGCUCAGAUCGACCACACAGAUAAGCAUGGACGGACCCCGCUGGAUCUGGCUGCGUUCUAUGGAGACGCGGACAUAGUGCAUUACCUGGUCGAGUGCGGAGCCGCGAUCGAACAUAUGGACUACAGCGGCAUGAGACCUUUGGAUCGGGCCAUAGGUAGCAGGAACACCUCCGUCGUGGUCACCCUGCUGAAGAAAGGGGCCAAAUUGGGCUACCGAACGUCACCUUAUGAGCGAUCAGGAAAUGCUGCGUGGGCCAUGGCCACAUCCAAACCUGACAUCCUCAUCAUACUUCUUCAGAGACUCAUGGAGGAGGGAAAUCUGCUUUAUAAGAAAGGGAAGAUGAAGGAAGCGGCUCAGAGGUAUCAAUAUGCACUAAGGAAGUUUCCAAGGGAAGGUUUCGGGGAGGACCUCAAGGCCUUCAGGGAGCUGCGGGUUUCUCUUUAUCUCAACCUGUCCCGCUGUCGCCGCAAAACCAACAAGAUCCUCAGUGGCUCUUCAUACAACUGGUCUGAGAGCAGUUCGACUGCAGCUUAUGAUUUUGGCAUGGCUGAGGAGUUCGCCACCAAAGCGCUCGAGCUAAAGCCCAAGUCCUAUGAGGCAUUUUAUGCCCGUGCCAGAGCCAAGAGAAGCAGCAGGCAGUUUGCAGCAGCGUUGGCUGAUCUCUAUGAAGCCGCCCGUCUGUGCCCAAGUAACAGAGAGAUCCGCCGUCUUCUGGCGCGCGUGGAGGAAGAAUGCCAACACCUGCAAUGUCAGGGUUCGAAACACCCUUCCUCUCAUCCCAAUCCCUCACACCAUGAGGAAGACCACGAUGAUGAUGACGACGACGACGAUGAUGAAGAGGAUGACGACGACGAUGAACACGACAUUGAGAGUUUGGAGAAAAGCCCAGACAGCCUUAGCGUUAACAUGUUGCAGGCAGGCGAAGAUGAAGAAUCAUCGCGGAAAGAAAACUGGCACCAGAGUCGCACAUUGCCUGACUCUCUGUGCCUCGCGGUAGCGGACUCUCAAUCCGCCAGCUCCGCCGCUGCUCCUGGUCGCUCCGCCAACCGUCGCCUCUCGUCCAGACAAGCUCAGAGCAUGAAAAACCGCGAGUACGGCGGCUCAUUGUUUACCCAGAGUGCCGGGUCCAGCCCCAUGCCGAGCCGCCACCGGCCCACUUCUCUCCGAGCGGGGCCUUGUAUUGACAUCGCUCACCAAGGCACAGAGCACAGCAUCGACAGAGGCAAUCAGUUCACAGAAAAAACACCUCUGCCUGCUGAGGUCGCCAUCGAGCCCAGGGGAGAAUUUUGCAGGAGCAGUAGCGUGCGCGUGUCCGGCUCCUCCAGUGGAAACCUUGCGGAAAACAGCCGAGCGCGCAACUCUACCACUAGCGCUCCCGACACGCAUAAGCCACGCCCAUUUAUGGGGGUCAUUGACAAGACUGCGCGAUUUCAGCAGCAGCAGCAACAAAGUCACCACGCCAACCUAGUGUCCGGUUAUGGCUGGCAAGGACUCGAAAGCCACAACGUAGGCGUUGGCACAAACACACAUGCACAGGGACUAACCAGUGACCUCCAGUACCCCAAAACAAGUCCUUAUCAAGAACCCGAGAAGUUUCUAGCUUCUGGUUCUGGAUACAAGGACCCCCUACAGCAGCAUUACAACGAGAGCAAGCACAAGCAGGCCAGUUUGGCACGAGACAACCCCAUCCUGAUCAGCUCCAUCAAACCGAAACGCUCUUUCAUUGAAUCCAACGUGUAGCUACAAACUCUGACUUACGUAAAGCACAAAGUAUGACCUAAAUAGGGACUUAGCUGUCGUAAAUUCCCAUCCCAAGUUAAAACUCAAGACAAUACUGGAAAGGUGGAUGGACAGCUUCAUUUGCAGCUUCAGAGGUAUUUAAACAUAUUUGAAAUGCAUAUACAAACACAAGAGAGCAGAGAUAUGAUUCAGAUUAUUAUAUAAUGGAUUAAGAUAAAUGAUCUCACUAUAGACUGUGUGUCAUACGGUAGGAUUGCGGAUGAGUCCUGUUGUGUAUUCAAAUGCAUCUCUUGUAAGGUUGAAUGGAGUUGCGUGUGUGUGGUGUGUGUGUGUGUGUGUGUGUGUGUUUGGAGAGGAAUGUGCUAUAUUUCUUUCAUUUCUCUUUACCCACCGUUUGGACUAAUUUAUUUAUGGCUUGGUUGUCUAAUUAAAACAAUAUUCUAUUUUAUAUAUUAGUUAUUUUUGCACAGCUGUAUGUUAUGAAAUACCACUAUGAUUGUGAGAUGUAUAAAAGAGACUUCAGGUUUACAUGCAUGAACCGCAUUUACUGUAGGUAUCGAAGAGGAUAUAGAUGCUAUUUCAUAUGUACUGUAUAUUAUUUGCAUCAAUUUCAUGUAUAGGGCUGUUAUGUAUUGUAUUUAAAUAUUUCAGCAUUAUAUACAAACAAAAAAAAAAGAGUUUGGCUUAUUGUAGUUUAUUACACAAUUAAAUCGUUAUUCGUGACCCUGUCUGAGAAAAACAUCUGUUUUAUCCUCCUACAUAAUGUUAAGAGCAUUCUUUAAAAAAUUUAAUAUUGACUGAGUAAGGUCAUGUCAGCGAUUGAAAUCAGUAAAUGAAAUCAAACUUGAAUGCUCCUAAUCUCAUCAUAAGUUUAUGAGACUUUAACCUGGAUUUCACAGACAGGGUCACAUAUAUUCAAAGUAUGAAUCUGAUCCCAGUUUUACCCAAUACUUGCAUUUUAUUUCCAGUAUAAGAUUUAUUAAGGAAAACGGUGCUAAAUGCACAGGCUCAGGCUGAAGUAUAGUAGGUAUGCGGCUCACUCAUGUCUCUAUGAAACUGUAUUCUGGGUUAAAUAUGGCUUGGGUCCAUCAUUCAAGUCUAUAGGAUUUGUUUUGCAUCCACCAGGCAGAAACUAUUAAAGGGUAUCUACUGUGCCCGUUUUUACAAGAUGUAAUUAAAAAACAAAUCUUGUGGUGGUGACCUAAGACUUUUGCCAGUACUGUACUCAUACACACCUACACACCAAAAGAAAUGUA